ACUACGCUUGUCAGCGAUUCUGCGAAACGCCGCCGAUUUUCCCGAAAAUGCGUAAGAUGGCUCGAAAGCAGACUCGAGCCAUAGCUCUCGCGGUGCUGCUCGCAACGCUGCUCCUCGUGAUGCAGGCCCCGCAAGCGCUAUCCCAGGUGGCGCUGCCCAAGGUGCAUCAGGUCUCGACAGGAUGUCUGUCUGAUCAAGUGAAGGCGUGUCGGAUGGACUGCCCCGUGCAGUACCAGGAUCCGCGGCGCUAUCUCUGUCCGUGCUACAGUAAACUUGGUCAGUGCUUGGUGCGAAUUGGCUGCAGCAUGAAGCAGCGAGUGGACGUGGCAGCGUUCUGCUCGCGACAUGGGUACUGCAAGGAUGGCUACUGUAAUUUUCGCGCUGGAGACCUUACGCCGAGAGGCGAUACCCGUCCCGAGGUGUUCGAGCUUACGUCAGUGAAGACCCCUGGCACUCCAUGCAUCGACAACUGCUGUCCUACCUCGGCUAACUGCUCACAGGACCUCACAAUGCUGACGUUGCGGAGCCCUGGACGGAUGUACCGGAAGGAGGAGCCACUGCUCCCACCUAGAGAGGGCGAUCCCAGACUGGGUGUUAAUCAAAACUACGACCGUAUGCCGUACAGUAUCCCGCUUCCAAAUCUGCCGUAGCUCGUACUUCGAACUUCGAAGUAAAAAGAAACCUAUCCAAUAAUACAAGAGUGGUCUGGACGCAGGCUGAUCGA